AUGGAAAGGAAGGAAAUUACUAGGCGGCCUAACAAGGUAAGAUUGAUAUUUUACUUUAGAUGGUUUACAUGUUUUGUACUCUCUUUAUCUGUAUCGUACUGCGUGUGGUGCUUAUUGUCUCUUAGUAUGAACCUCUUUAGUAUGUCACUCAAGAAACUGGUCUAAAACUGUCGUUAUAAGCAAUGUCACAAUACCCAGGGAUUUUUGCUAGGAGUUCUAUUAGAAAGAGCGUCAAGAAGAUAUCAUUAUAGCGUGUCACACUAUUGAGGGUCAUACUAAAGAGGUUUUACUGCAUUUGUGUUUUAGUGCUAGUGUUUUACAAGGCUUGAUCAAGAAUAAAGUGUUUUUGCUUAACUAGAAGGAAAUGAAAUCUGAAAGAAAAUUGGGGAAGGGGUAAGGUUAAGAGGGUGAGGGUGGGGUGAUAAAAAAAACAAAUUGUGGGGAGGUCAUGAUCUUGGAUGAGAGAGAGGAACGUGUUAGGCAUUGUUACGUGAUAACGAAGAAAUACUUAUUUAAAAAAUUUUUUUUAAAAAGUUGAACGUGUUUCUAUAUCUCGAUCAUGGAAAAAAAAUUUUAAUUUUAGUUUAUUUCUCCUUUUCUUUGGAAAACUCACAACGGCUCUGCUCAAAUAAGAGUUGUAAAUAGCUUGUAAAAUACGAAAUAUACAAAUAAGUAUUCAUUUUUAUUUUUUUAGUUAUGGAAGAAGCUGCUGGCCAUCACUUUACAACACAAUCUAUUAUUUGGUUCACAUCAAAAGUACUACUUUGAUUGCAAUAUAAAUAAUGUGUAAGUGGCGGUUAGAAAUGUGUUAUUAUAAAGAAGGUGCUAUAAUAUCGACGGUCAUACUAAAGAGGUUUCACUGUAAUAAUAUUUUUACCUUUAAAACGACUGGAAAGUUUCUGAGGAAACCACAUGUAACUCAAAUUUUACGGCUUCUUUUACCUCGAAGUUUCUAUGUAUUUAUUUUUUAAAAAUACAUAUAGUAAUAUUCAAAAUUCUGCCAUUUCAGAUGUACAGUAGAACUAAAAGGAGUGAAUAAAAUUGAUGACAGUUUGAAGCCAGUUGAAAUUCUUCUAAAAUACUUUUGUCACACGAUAGAAGACGCCAAGAAGUUGAGAAGGAAGCCGAGUCAAGUGAGGAAAAUGAUCGGAUGGAAGGUGGAAGAUGGGAAUGUUGACGAACUUCUUCAGGUAACUGAUGGAAUUCUGUCUUGUUUUAGUGUUAUGGGUUGGGCUGAAACCCAUAACACUAAAGUGUUUGAGUUGGGCUGAAGAUUUUAAUCUUGGGAGGGGAAUCUAACUUUAAAAAAUUCUAAAGGUGUGGCUAGACCUAAAGUAUCAGUCCGGUCCAGAAAUUUUAUUCUUGGACUGGACCGGUUUGGACUAAAAAAUAAAAAAAGGUAAAACAAUUUUAGCAAAGGGUCUACUUGGUCCAUAACGAGCUGAAAAAUUGGGCUUGGCCCUUUAGAAGUCUAGGUGAGAUAGUGAAGGUAGACGGGUUAGCCCCUCCAUAUCCCUGUUUAAACAAACCGUACCACUCCCUAAACGUAAAAAACUUAAAAAUGACAUUUCACCAUCAUACUCUUCAGGACGUGAUAUACACCAUGCAAAAAGACAAAAGCUUGUUCGAAGCCGAGAUGAAAAAGUAUUAUUAUGCCAACAAACACUCACGUGCCAUGUUAUCUACGAGGCUGUAG